AGUUGCUCGCGAGCCAAGCUUCAGUGACGACGCAUUCAACGUACGCGCUGACGUCACAAAAGUUUACGUGCGAGAAAAAAAAUAUAGAAACAUAUCUAGUGCUGUGAAUACGAAUAUUGUGAAAUAUGGUUUUUGGAAAAAUUAAAUAAUUUCGUGAUUUAUUUUCGGCAUUUUUUUUUGUUUUCAAAAAUACAGUUCGCGUGUGAAAGAAAGUGAUUUUAGUUUUGGAAAAAGUGUAACUGAAAUGCUUGAUAACUUUUACUAGUGUUAAAAAUAAAGUCAAAUAGUUUGCACAGUGGUCAAGUUUUAAGUUACAAAGAAGCUGCUAAAAACUUUUGGAAGGUACUAAAAUAGCAGCCAUGUUUCCCGUCGCGAACACUUGAGUGAGAUCGAGCCAAGAUGAGUUUGAAGAACUUGAACUCGACUUUUGAAGUGGGUUGGAAUGAGUCGGAAGUAUGGGGGGUACCGCAGCUGGACCUCGAUGUGUUCUAUAGACCCGAUGUGGUGAUUAUUGUGCUAUAUGUAGUCGUGUUGACUGCUUCGCUGUCCGCAAACACACUACUCAUCUUCAUUGUGAUUAAGUUCCAGUAUAUGAGAAGUGUGACGAACAUAUUCCUGGUGAACCUGUCGGUGGCAGACCUGUUAGUGACGCUGUUCUGCAUGCCGGUGCAGAUCGCCAAGUCCGUCACACUGCUGUGGUACUUCGGCGAGGUUAUGUGCAAGACUGUCAACUUUUUGCAAGGAGUAGCAGUGGCUUCAAGCGUGUUCACCAUCACAGCGAUGUCAGUAGACCGGUACCUGGCCAUCACGCAAUCUCUCCGACAACCCUGGAUGCCAUCAAGACGAGGAGCCUGUAGUCUGCUAGCAGGACUCUGGCUGGUAGCCCUGGCCAUCUUCGCCCCACUUCUAGCAGUAGCUACAGUUGAGAGAGAAUACGUUCCUUCAUUGUCAAGGACGCGAAAUGGAUCGGUUUGGGUCGAGCGCAGCAUCGAAUUCUGCACAGAAAAAUGGCCGGACUCGAUAAAAAAAGAAUUGUUUGGUGCGUUCAGUUUCGUCCUCGUGUAUGCAGUGCCCGGUUGCAUAGUGGUGGUGUCAUAUUCUCUGAUGGGACGACGGCUGUGCUCCGUGCUACCUCCAUUCGAUCAGACGGAGGGCAGUGCUAAUAGCCAGCAGCGUCUCAGGAUCGUGAGGGAGAGGAAGAGAGUGGCCUGGAUCCUGUUACUCCUGGCAGUACUCUUCGCUCUGUGCUGGCUGCCGUACAACAUCCUGCAGCUGCUGAUUGAUGUCAAUGCCGUCAAUGUGGAGUCCGUGUCUGCGAUACUGCCGUAUACGUUGCUAUUGGGGCACACGAACUCAGCGAUCAACCCCAUCGUGUACUGCCUGAUGACCCGCAACUUCCGCCGGUCCCUGCGCAAGCUCAUCUGCCACGAUCCGGGUAACAUACACUCUAGUACUCAUUUCCAUAUGCAAGGUUUACGUCAAAAAUCCAACACGUCUAGCAUGAGGACCUGUACUACUGUAACUUUCAGGAGCAGUAACAACCAGAUCGGAAGGAUUGCUACCGGACCUCCCAGCAUACAGUACGGCAGAGCCAAUAGGACCGCGUCCUUUAGAGAUAACGGCUGGAAGGACCGAUACCAAAAGACCCCACAAUUUUUGUAAUAAAUGACAUUUUAUGUGAGAAUUAAAGUAAUAUUUUAAGCUUAGUUUUAUAAUGACAAAAAUGACAGACGCGUUAGUUAUGCUUAUUUGCAGCUCUAUAAAGAAAAAAUGUACUCUUGGCACUUUAUGUCAAUAAUAAAAAAGUGCAAAAGUUUCUCACUAAAAUUUAUAAAAUCUGCUGAGUUAUGAUGCAAAAUUUUCCCUUCUUAUUUUUUCUUUGCAACACACUCUAAGCGCCAUCUAUAUUCAGCAUUUCGACUUAUACUUUCAGUAACUUAGUCUUUGUAUUCGCCCCUAGGUGGCGUUAUAAGAAGGGUUGUUUUCAGGCUCGACAACUGACCUGACUGCUUAAAAAUUUUGUCGCUAGAUGGCAUUGCAUACAAAGUCAUCGAACAGCUUUUAAAUACAGGGAACGCGCUAAGUUAAUUAAAAGUUGAGAUAAUUGUAAUUUUAAUCUUAAACUUAGAAGUAUUACGCUUUUGUGUUUUCUUCAUAAAAUAAGUCGUAAAUAUAAUUUUAACUUUAAGAACACGAUCUCGGAAUGUAAGAAAGUAUUUCUAUGGGGAUUUUGCUGAAACUAAAAGCUACCUCAAAGAAAAAUGUAGAUGUCACUUUAUAUUUGAAAUCAACGCCAUCUGUUGGUAGUAAAACAGUUUAUGAUACAGUGACAGUGAUUGAAAUGAAUCUGAAAUGUAAAGUAAGUUGUGUAAGUAUAAAAAUACUUUUUUUUCAGCCUAGCUUUUCUUAAAUAUUCAGUGUUGUAAAGAUUUUCUAAGAAUGUAACUAAUCUAGUCAAAAUAAAGUCAUAAUUGUAUUCUUCUAUUAUUACCGGUAAUUCGUUUAUUCGGGUAAUUUAUAGUUAUGUGUAAACUAUGUAAUAUAUUUAAUUUUGUACUGUAGUAUGGAAUAACUUAUAUUGUUUGUUAAUCAUAAGUUUGUAUAUAAUUAAUGUAUAUAAAGUGAA